AGAAACUGCUAAAUAAAUUUGAUAACAAAAUGGAAAACAGCGAAAUCACUGCAAUAUUCAAAAAUGUAGCAUCGACUAUAGAAAAGCAAAUGAAAUCAGACGCUGUUAAUAAGAUUUUGAAAGAUAAAUCAAAGAAGUAUGAUUUGAUUAUUGUUGAGGCGUACAUGGAAGCCUUAUUGGGAUUGACUCAUGUUUUCAAAGCACCAGUGAUUCAAUUCAGUACAGUUGGUGUUACUACUGCUAUAUACAAGAUGUAUGGCGCUGCCGCUCACCCGUUGAUUUAUCCAUCAAUAAUACAUGAAACUUUAAAUAACCGUACAUUGUGGGAGAAGAUAAAAGCACUUGUCAUUGAAUAUAAAUUUUCUAUAGAUACUGACAUUGAUGAUCAUGUUAAUGAAGUAUUAAGGAACGUAUUUGGUCCAGAAGUCCCGAAAUUGGAUGAACUAAGAAAUAAUGUGGAUAUGAUGUUCUUGAAUGUGCAUCCCAUGUGGGAUUCCAAUCGACCAGUGCCUCCUAAUGUGGUUCAUCUUGGUGGUAUGCAUCAGAAACCAGCAAAGGAUCUACCUAAGGAUCUUCAAACAUUCCUAGAUUCUUCUAAAAACGGCGUUAUUUACGUCAGUUUUGGCUCCAUAAUCGAUCCCACUCAAUUCCCUCAGCAGAGGAUAAAAAUCCUAGUAAACGUCUUCUCGAAAUUGCCAUACGAUAUUCUGUGGAAGUGGAAUCAUGGAAAUGUCCCUGGACGUACUAAAAAUAUAAGGAUUUCAAAAUGGCUGCCACAAUCUGAUCUUUUGAGACACCCGAAGAUCAAAUUGUUUGUAACCCAAUGUGGUCUCCAGUCCACUGAUGAAGCCAUCACAGCAGGGGUUCCUCUCGUUGGAAUGCCGAUGUUUGGGGACCAAAAGUACAACGCAGCGCAAUAUCUCCACCAUGGCAUUGGUGUUAUAGUUGACAUUGAAACUGUCACUGAAGAGAAACUUAGUAACGCAAUUACCAUGAUACUACAAGAUGACAGGUGA